UAAUCCGUGGUUUUUUUUGAUAAAAAAAAUUGCUUCUAUACUUUUAUUAAUGACAAAAAAGAAAAUAGUUUUAUUAAUGAAUGUAAAUAUCUGUGUAGUGAUUAGUCGGGCUUUGUUAUAUAGUAAUCCAUAGAAUUAUAAUACAUGAUUAAAAUUAAAAAUACAACAAAUAUUAAGGUCUUUAUAAAUGACGAUAUUUAUUUAUCCUAUCUUAUCCCUAUCGUAUUAGGGCUUCUUGUCCUUUUAUUUUUCUUUUAAAGAUUAAUUACAAUUACAAUUACACCUCAUGCCUGACAAGCAUGAUACAAACAAACACCAUCCGCAUACAUGCUUAUCCAUUAAAUAAAUUCGAGCAAGAUAUGAUCAAAGGUUUUAACCCAACCCAUUUUCUGGCCCUUUUUUAUUUUCCCAUUGACCCAGAAGGCCGGAGCCCAUGUAUCUAAAUCUAUACAACAUGCUAAUUUGCUCGGAUAGCGCCAGGCUCCCAUUUCCAUCUCCAUCUCCACCACUCAAACGUACAAGGCUUGCUUCAAACUAGGUGAUAAUUGAAAACCUUCUUUGCUUCUCAAUGUCCUUCCAGCUUCGGUAAUAUUGAGGCUCCAAUUCUUCUUGUGAUCUUCUUUUGUUUGAAAAUAUAAACAGAAAGUAUGAUUUUACACUUACCUUCUAUAACCCUUUAUCAAACCCCACUGCUAUCCAAUCCUAGAAAGCUUCAAAAACUAGCUGAUACACAAAACUCUUUUUCACCAGGCAACAAGUUGUUUAUUAAAAGAAAGCUUGUCAUAAGAGGAUGUGGUAGUAGCCAAGGUGAAGGAGAGAAGAAAGCAGAAAGGAGAAGUUUCCUGUCUCUAGAAGAAGCAGGUUUGGUUGAAAUAUCUGGAUUAAGCACUCAUGAGAGGUUCCUAUGUCGAUUAACCAUAUCAUCCUUAAAUUUACUAAGAGUGAUAUCAGAGCAAGAAGGAUGUUCAAUUGAGGAGCUGAAUGCUGGAAGGUUAUGUGACUGGUUUGUGAAAGAUAAACUGAGAAGAGAACAAAAUUUAGAUUCUGCUGUCCUUCAAUGGGAUGAGUCCGAAUUCCCAAUCUGAGCUUCUGUUUCCUACAAAAAAAGAGGGUUGGAGAAUCUGGAAGUUCUGAUCCUGCUCUUGGAUAAUAAUCAACAAAGUUAUUUCAUAAUUGUCCUUUAGUAUCAAGCUCUAUCAGGAUUGUGUUUGAGUUUUGGUCUAGGAUAACGAAAUUUUAGAGGUCAAUUUUCAUUUCAAGUGUUUCUAAUCUCUUAGAAUUUACCCGGUAGUUUGUAAUAAAGCAUUUUUUUUUUUUGGCUGAACGAGUGUGGGUCAAUUGCUUUUCUUUUUUAUUUACUAUA